AUGCCAACAACAUACCACCAACGCCUUAUCCUCUCUCGUUCUAAAUCACUUCGUAAUAUUUCUGACUUCUCUGGCGUAUAUUUACGACCAUCACAGACUAAAGAAGAGCGUCAGCAUGACUAUGAGUUACGUAAGGAAUGUAGAGAUAAAAAUUCAAAAUUAAAUGUCGGCGAACCCCCUUGGAAAAUUUUCAAGGGGAAAAUCGUUCGCGCUUUUAACCAAGUUUCUUUAAACAAAUAA